UCGACGGGAGUGGCCCUUCACUCAUCCUGGAAGCUAUGGAAGACUAUCUACCAAAUGAAUAUGAUGUCGUCGUCGUGGGGACGGGUAUGACGGAGUCUAUUGUUGCUGCAGCUGCAAGUAGAAUUGGCAAAAAGGUCCUUCACCUAGACAGUAACGAAUAUUAUGGUGGCCUAUGGGCAACAUUUAAUUUCGAUGGUCUACAGAAAUGGAUAGAGGACUUGAAAGUUUCCAAAAACAAUACUAAGGAUGUGUCUGGACUGGAUUUGGAAUCUGAAGAAAAAUUUUUAAAAACUAGUAAUGAAUAUUCAACAGUCGAAAAUAUUGAAGAAACUUGGUAUAUUUCAAAUGAUGCUGAUCUACCAGUAGUUUCCUCAAAAGAUACUCAGACAGAUAGUAUUGGAGAUAUUAGUGGCAGUGGUGAUGAAAAAGCAGAUGAUGAUAAAGUUGAAAAGAAGGAAAAUGUAAAACAGUGGAGUAUAGAUCGUAUAAAAAAAGAAUACAGAAAAUUUAAUAUUGAUUUGGCACCAAAGUUGUUAUUUGCACGAGGUGAGCUGGUUGAACUUCUAAUCUCUAGUAACAUUGCUCGUUAUGCAGAAUUUCGAGCAGUUUCUAGAGUAGCUACAUUUAUGAAUGGAAAGCUAACACAAGUACCUUGUUCAAGAGCUGAUGUAUUUGCAAAUAAAACUGUUAGUGUUGUUGAAAAAAGAAUGUUAAUGCAACUGCUCACUUCCUGUAUGGAGCAAGGUGCAGACAGUCCAGAAUUUGAUGGAUUUCGUGAUAAAACAUUCUUAGAGUAUUUAAACACAAAGAACUUAACACCAAUUGUGCAACAUUAUGUAGUUCAAGCAAUUGCUAUGGCUACUGAAAAGACUACCUGUCGAGAUGGUGUGAAUCGCACAAAAUAUUUCCUAAAUAGUCUUGGGCGAUAUGGAAAUACACCUUUUCUUUGGCCUAUGUAUGGUAGUGGUGAACUACCUCAGUGUUUUUGCAGAUUAUGUGCAGUAUUUGGAGGAGUUUACUGUUUGAAGAGACAGCUUGAUGGUGUAGUAAUACAUAAGGAUAAAUGCAAAGCUAUCAUUAGUGGCAAACAAAGAAUAAGUUUGGAACAUUUGGUUGUUGGUCAGGGUCAUCUACCACCAGAAGUUGUAGCUUCUGAAGGAGAGCAACGAAUAUCACGUGGAAUCUUUAUUACAGAUAGAUCAAUUAUGCAAGGCGAGAAGGAGAAUUUGACACUUUUAUAUUACCCUCCAGAACAACCUAAUCAAGAACCUGUUACGUUGAUUGAAUUGGGGCCAUCUACAAAUGCUUGUCCUCAAGGAUUGUUUAUGGUUCAUAUGACAUGUAAGCGAACGGCAAACGCAAAGGAAGACUUGGCCUACGUUGUCAAUAAAUUUUUAAAUGCAGAACCUCUUGAUCCAUUAGCCAUUCGUGCAUCUAUUCACAGUCAUACACAAACUGUUUCUCCAGAUAAGAGACAUCUCCAGGAAGGUGAUCAAGAUAACAGGGAAGAGUCUGCAGAGAGUCCAAAGCCUCAAGUUUUAUGGUCGUUGUACUUAAAUCUACCUGCAAGUGAUAUUAAAUUAAAUGAUUCUACACCCAGUAAUCUUCAUCUUUGUUCUGGCCCAGAUUUAGAACUUGAUUUCGAUUUUGCAGUUAAUCAAGCGAAAAGCAUUUUUGAAUCGAUGUAUCCUGAGGAAGACUUCCUUCCACGCGCACCUGAUCCAGAAGAGAUUGUACUCGAAGGAGAAGAAGCACCAGGACCGAAAUUUGAGGGAGACACAGAGGCUGAAGAAAAACAGGAUGUUGAGAAAGCCGAGAAAGAGGAUUAAACAAUCUUUUUUCGUCUUUUCAUCUUGAAAACACGGGCCCGCUCCCUUAGCCGCACACCUCUUUCUAUCCAAAGUUACA